AUGGCGUCCCUAGAUCUCAUUCUUGACCCCCAGUUGAAGUACUGGGUGUUGUUACCGAUUACCUUCGCAAUGGUUUUGGUGGGGUUGUUGAGAUCAAACGUUACACUUCUUCUCAAACCCCAACCAAAGUUAGAAGGCUACAAAGAAUCCAGAGAAAAACAGUUCUUGAAACGUGCUGCUUGUUUUCGUUCCAAUAACGGCCUUUUGACUAAAGACGAAUUUGAUAUCAGACAACAAUACUACCUUGAAAAACUUAAUUCUACCGAGUUUUAUGCAAAAAUUGAAUCGUCGAGUGCUACUCCAGCAAAUCCAUUUACUGAUGGUGCAACAAAUGAUGCUUUAGUGAAUAUGGCCAAAGGGAGCUUGAUGAACUACAUCCCUCAAACCCUCAUCAUGGGUUGGGUCAAUUAUUUCUUUGCUGGAUUUGUUAUCAUGAAAUUACCUUUCCCUCUAACUGAUGGGUUUAAAUCCAUGCUUCAAAAUGGAGUCGCUACACCUGAUUUGGAUGUAAAAUACGUUUCGGCAAUCUCCUGGUAUUUUGUCAACUUAUUCGGUUUAAGACCUAUUUACUCUUUACUAAUGGGAGAUUCUACUGCUGCUGAUGAAUUAAUUUCUCAACAACAACAACAACAAGCAUUGCCAAACAUUGGUGGACCCGGUGGACCCAAAGUGGACAAGGUCUUCAAAGCAGAGGCAGAAAACAUCCAGAUAUUGUCCCAUGACUCUCUCUAUGAUGGCAUUGUUGAACGAGUAUUAAACCAGUAUCCUAUAUAG